AUGGCCAAAACUAAGAGUGCCCAACCGUCCAAGAAGCCCUCUCGUGGCUCUGCCUCUGCUUCUCCAAUCACCCCGCCUGCGCCGCCUGCACCAGCAACCGAAGCUUCUGGUUCGUCUUCUGCUCCGGCGAAGUCUGCCAGAAAAUCGAAGACCCAAGCUCGAAAAUCUGUGGUAGAUCUCGCCUCUCCACCUGUUGUUGCUUCUCCUAUUGCUUCUUCAACACCUGGGUUUGGUGAUCAUGAUGAAUCCCAUUCAUCCGAUCACACAUUGUCAAAGUCCUCUUCUUCGAGUGGUGCUCUUAAUGUCGACAAAGCUUUGGUGACCUUGCCCACGGUGAGUUCUCGAACAAGGUCCAAGGUUUCCACUCCUAAAAAUCCUGAAGUGGUUAAACCUAAAAUUGCAUCCAAAGGAAAAAAGGUGGUGACUUCAUCUUCAAAGGUCAAAAAUCUUAAGGAGAAUCCCCCUUCGGUCUGA